GGGCCCAGUGAACAAGAAAGAUCGUCCUUGCACCACUUCUCAUCCAAUAAUACAGUAGUAUCAAUCCUUUCGAAACGAUGGCUGUUGCUCUUCCCUCUGCCCCCGCAGGUGCAGCAACAAGAGCGAGCGGGGGAAUCAUCCUGUUCUACAAGUACCACCCUCUCAGCGACAAUCGUUCCAUUGUCGACAUGUACCGAGGGGCACUGGAGCGGUUCUGCGCUUCCCUGAAUCUGAAAGGGCGGAUCCUGGUGGGUUGCUCCGAGCACAGAUCGGAGGGGAUCAACGGAACCCUGAGCGGAACCCGUCCAAACCUUGAGGUCUUUGUCCGGGCCUUUACCGAAACCGAUAGCGAUAGGGACAACAGCAUUGGAACGAACAACCCCGCAGAACCAGCCCACCCGUCGAAAAGUGCACAAACAACAGCCCUGGCGAGAUUUCAAAGCGAUUGCCGAGAAUUCUAUCGCGCUGCGGGUUGUCCCCCCCUCCAGAUGAAGGAAUCGGAAUUCAAGUGGAGCAAGGUGGACGAAACAAAACCGGGGGAACACCAAGAACAACAACAGUUGUUUCCGGAUUUGAACAUCAAAAUAGUCAAAGAAUUGAUCGGAACCGGUGGGGUCUUGUCUUCCAUCCAUAUCGACCAACUUCACGAGGGCUACCUGACACCCAGAGAAUGGCACGAGCGAAUCGCCAGGCUGAACGCAACCAAAAGGGAAUCGAAGAACGGCAGCGAUAAUGUCGACCAAAGCGACAACAGCAACGACACGAUUCUCAUCGAUUGCCGGAACACCAAGGAGUACGCCAUUGGAAAUUUUGCCGGUUCGAUCGACCCGCAAACUACCACCUUCAACCAAUUUCCCAAGUGGGUCGAUGAGCACAAGCACAAGCUGCGAAACAAGAGCGUCCUGAUGUACUGCACCGGAGGUAUCCGGUGCGAAAAGGCCUCGGCCUACGUCCGCCACGCCAUGGGAACGGCAGUCAAGGAGGUGAGGCACCUACAAGGAGGAAUCCAUAAGUACCUAGAGGAAUUUGGAAGCGACAACCCAACAUAUACAGAAUCGUCUACGGCGGAAGAGGGAGUGUCGUCCUCGUCCUCGUCCUCUUCUCUGUGGAGGGGAAAGAAUUUCGUCUUUGACGGACGCGGUGCCCACGGACCCGCCUCCGAUGGUACCUCAAAGAAUGGCAAACAGAGCAAUCCCGCUGCGUCGGCUAGCACCACCGUCGGAACCUGCCGGUAUUGCAAGUCUCCCUAUGACUCCUUCGAUCCGCAUUGCGUUUGCACUGUGUGCAAGGAACCGAUCUUGGUGUGCAAAUCGUGCCAGGCCUGCUCCGCCAACCGUGCUGGCAACGCCGGAGAAAGCAGCAACGGAAGCGGUGAGGGUUGCGAUGCGGCAGCUGCAACGGCUUCGCAGCUGCAGCAACCCCAGCACGAGCUUCGCCGCCGCCGCGAAUACCACUGCGAGGCCCACCGCCACCUCGAAGAAUGCUACUUCACCAACCUGGAGGGUUUCUCUCCGGCCGAGCUGUCCGAGCAACUCGAACAACUCGAAACACUCAUCCAGGAAAUUGCGGUCGGAAAAAAGUUCAAGCAGCGCCGAAAGACCCUGGCGAAGCAGUGUUCCAGGGUCCGUGCCAAGCUAGCCGAACAAAUGGACGGAGAGCACGCCAAUGGUGGGGAUAGCGGUGGCAUCGAACUUGAACUCAAGUGCCGAAACUGUGGGCAGGUCGGUUGUUCCGGAAAGUGCUGGGGAUUCCAUGGGCUGAAACGCAAGCGCAUACUCGAAGAGCGGGAUAACGGGGCAACGCAGCUUCCACAUACUUCUCCUCCGCAGAAUCCAACGGCAAAGCGUUCCUGUGCCAAAACCAAUCGCCACAACGAAAAAUUGAAGGAACGGAAAGAAUUGCAAAAACAAAAGCAGGUCGAGGAUUGGAUCUCGUUAGGCUUGACGCUAGGGCCAAAGGCCGGGCGUGAUCCCGCUACCGGGUUGAGGGUUCCAAAACCUUGUGUUCGCGUCUUGGAGACCAAUACGAAAGGGAAAUGGUGCGGAAAAGCGCUGCUGAAGGUGUUGCAAACAGAAUUUCCAAACUCCUUUCAGCAGCAGCCGUCGACAUCCAUUACUGAAAGCGACCGCGAGUCCCAGCUCGAUGCCAUACUUCGAACCUUGUUUGAAAAGGGAUUGAUUCGCGUCAACGGCAACCCGAUCCGAAACAUGGACGAGGCAAAUUCCUACAAACUCAAAAACAUGGACGUCAUCGACCGAAUCGUCUACUGGCACGAGCCACCGAUCCAUCUCCCGACGGAAUCCAUAGAGGUUCGAAAGAUUCCUAUUCCGAUGGAGUGUUUCCCCCCAUCCAGCGGCAUGUCAAAAACUGCUUCCACGAGCGAUUACGGGGUGUCCGAAUUCGAUCGCCACAUUUAUGUCUGCAACAAGCCGUCGACGGUUCCCGUCCACCCGGCGGGUCCGUACCUGUCGAAUUCACUGACACUGCUAGUGGAGGCACAGGAGGGACUACCUCCCAAAACGCUCAUCCCUUGCCACAGAAUAGACCGGGCCACCAGCGGGGUGACCAUUUGCUGCGCCGAUCCGAGGGUGGCCCGUGUUGUACAGACCACCAUAAGCGGCCGCUCGCGGGUCCAAAAAGAGUACCUGGCCAGGGUUGGGGGGAGGUUUCCCGCAAACAACACCGAGGACGAUAAUUUGCCUGCGUCGGUUUCUCCCGGCGAGCUCGCCCGAUGGAAAUGGAUUGGAGGGAACCAACCCACCUCCGGGGGGAGCAGUAAAUCCGGGGACUUCCUGCAGGUCGAUGCACCCAUCGAAACAGUCGAUCCCCUCAACGGAAUCCGUAGGAUUGCCUCUACCGGGAAGGCAUCGACGAGCCAGUUCAGGUUGUUGGAAUAUGAUUCUGAAAGCAACACAUCGAUCCUGGCAUGCGUCCCCGUGACGGGCCGGAGCCACCAGCUGAGGGUCCACCUCCAAUGGCUCGGUCACUCCAUUGUGGACGAUGUCCAGUACGGUGGUGGUACAAGCCCUGGUUCCGCUGCCUCGUUGAUUUCUCGGCUCGAUCCCUCGGCGGGCAUCCACCGUGUGCUGGACAACCUCCGAGAAGAUACCUCUCCCGGGGCUGGUGCUCCUGCUCCAGUGCGAACGUCUCUGGGUGUUACAGACGAGCAAUCCAAGGCGGCCAGAGACGUAUGUCCAACCACCGACACACACACAGGGGGCAGGGGACCGUCCGGGACCUUUAGCCCCGCCCAACUCUUGCAGGGUGGCCACGCGAUCUGCCUGCAUGCCCACCGGUAUGCUCUCUCCUUUGGAAAAGGAUCCGGAAACACCGGAAGGGUGGAUGGCGAAACGGGGAACACCAAAGAGAACAACGACGGCGGGGAGGAAACCUUCCACAGGAUCGAGCUGGAGGUGGAUCUUCCGCCAUGGGCAUCCCAUCUGACGAAGGACUGUAUUCCGUGACGUAGAGGCGCUUGCUGCUAGUACU